UCACAGUGAACUUCACGAUGUAAAGAAAUUACCCUUUAAAAAUUCUAGCGGAUAUUUUAAUGGAUGGACCUGUUCACCCCGGAAGUGGUUAGUGAUUGACAGGCCGGUUCCGGUGAACCGGAAGUGGAGCCGGGGUUUGUUGACAGCCGCGGAGCGAAUUCGAUUUGGGGAAAAAGAUUUAAAAAGAAUCGGAGCGUCGGCGGGAGCCGGAGGAGCAGCUCUCUCCUGAUGUCCAUGUAGCUCCAGGCAGCAUCUCACCGCUCAGCCAGCUGUGAAGGAGGCAAAGGGGGCUCCCAAACAUGGCGUUGUACAGCCCCGAAUCACUGAUGACUCUAUGCACCAAGUACUGCCUGCAUAACCUGGAGGGAACCCUGUGCUAUAUGCAAGACAAUGAAACGCUGAGACUGCACCCUGACGUCUUCCUUCCCAGUGAGAUCUGUGACCGUCUCGUCAACAUGUACAUGGACCUGGUGAACACAGACAACAGCUUCCAGCCACAUGAGAGCUUCUUCAGCUUGUUCUCAGACCAUCGGAGCACCCGGCUGACUCACAUACACCUGAGGGGGAUUCAGGAGGAUAUUGUGCAGGAUCAGGACUUGGUGGCCUUUUCUAAGCAGGAUCUGGUUGAGCUCCGACUGGUUAACUGCGAGAAGCUCUCGGCCAAGAGCCUGCAGACUCUAAAUAACUUCCGCAGCACGUUGGUUUCCCUCAGCCUGUUUGGCUGCAAGAACAUUUUUUAUGAGGAAGAAAACCCUGGUGGCUGCGAGGGGGACAAUGAAAGCCUGGUGAACCCCACACGGCAGGUCCUGGUCAGAGACUUCACCUUCACCGGCUUCCACAGGCUCUGCUUCCUCAACCUGGGUCACCUGACUGAUGGAGUGAAUGUGGACCGACUCCUGCGGCCGCUUACUUCCCUUACCUCGCUUGAUCUCUCUGGAAUCCAGAUCAACGACAUCCAGUUCCUGCUGCAGUGGCAGAAGCGGCUUGGGUCACUGGUGCUGUACAACAUGGACCUCUCUGAGGAGCACAUCUGGGUCCUCCUGCAGCUCACUAACCUCAGACAUUUGGACAUUUCCCGUGACAGAACUUCUAGUUUUUACAAAUUCAAACUGACCCGGAAAGUCCUCACUGCCUUUGCGCAGAACCUCAAGAACCUCGUCUCAUUGGAUAUCUCAGGGCACUUGAUGCUGGAUAACUCUGCAAUCUCAAGCCAUGACGAAGCCCUGGGCCCUGCAAGUACUGAGCCACAGAAGAGCAGCAUUGAGCCAUUCCGUCUACUGAAUAGAUCCUUUCAGUUCCUGGGACUGUUUGACACCACACUAUGUAAUCUAACUCAUAUUCCUGCCUACAAGAUAACUGGUGAAGCAAAUGAGGAUCAAAUCCUGAACGCCAUAGAAGCUUACACUGAAUAUCGACCAGAGAUUGCAUCACGCGCAAUAAACCACCUCUUCGAUAUCGCACGGAUCGAACAGUGUGACCAACCAUUGCGUGCUCUACAGCUGGUGAUCUCCGCGCUGAAGUAUCACAAAUUUGAUAAAAGUGUUCAGGUGACGGGCAGUGCGGCUCUCUUCUACCUGACUGGCUCAGAUUACCGGCAUGAACAGAGUAUCAAACUCCGCCGGCAGGUCAUUCAGGUGGUGCUGAAUGGUAUGGAGUCUUACCAAGAGGUGACGGUACAACGGAACUGCUGCUUGACGCUCUGUAACUUCAGUAUUCCAGAGGAGCUGGAGUUCCAGUACCGAAGGGUCAAUGAGCUGCUUCUCAGUAUCCUCAACCAGACCCGGCAGGACGAGUCCAUCCAGCGCAUAGCAGUGCAUCUUUGCAAUGCACUGGUCUGCCAAGUUGACAAUGAUCACAAGGAAGCAGUGGGGAAAAUGGGAUUUGUCACAACAAUGUUGAAGUUGAUUCAGAAGAAAUUGACUGACAAAGUGUGUGACCAAGUUAUGGAGUUUUCAUGGAGUGCGCUAUGGAACAUUACAGAUGAGACUCCCGAUAACUGUGAGAUGUUCCUAAACUGCAAUGGAAUGAAGUUGUUCCUUGAAUGUUUGAAUGAAUUCCAAGGAAAGCAAGAAUUACACAGGAACAUGUUGGGACUGCUGGGAAAUGUCGCUGAGGUCAAACAUUUACGGCCACAUCUGAUGACCACCCAGUUCAUUAGUGUCUUCAGCCGUCUCUUAGAAAGUAACGCAGAUGGGAUUGAGGUGUCAUAUAAUGCCUGUGGAGUUCUGUCACACAUCAUAUUUGAUGGGGAUGAAGCCUGGGCUAUUGCAGAACCACGGCGCGUGGAAGUGAUGGAUCGAAUGUGGCGAGCUAUCUCCAGCUGGGAUGAAAAUUCAAGAAGAAACAUUAAUUACAGGUCUUUUGAGCCAAUUCUGCGCCUCCUCCCUCAGCGAGUAGCUCCAGUCAGCCAACAUUGGGCAACAUGGGCACUGUUCAACCUCACAUCUGUCUAUCCUGAGAAAUACUGCCCAUUGCUGAUAAAAGAGAAUGGAAUUGAACUGCUGAAGGGAGUGAUCGAGAGCGAUGCGGCUAGACCGGAGACCAAAGUGAUGGCAAGCCAGGUCAUCAGUUUCUGCGAGAACUUUAGAGAGGAGCGGAUGGACACAUCCAGAUAAAGGCUGAGGAUGAGCUAUCACCUACUCUCACUACUUCCUGUCAUGCGCGGCAUCUGUGUAAAUAAUGAGGAACCUUCUGUCCUGCUACACAACAAUGCAUCAGAUGCAUCGUAUGGCGGAGCCUCUGUGCGUGACACACUGUUUCACGAUGACACGCAGGGGAAACAUUUGGUGUUGCACAAGAAAAUGUUAAUUCACAUCAUUUUUAUUGAAUGAGGCAUUAGCGUUUUCUCUCUCUUGCUCUUUUCUCUCUUUUCCUCUGUCCCUCUUCAUUUUCUUUAUUCUGUCAUACUUUCCUUAUCUCCAUGCUUUCUCAAUCUCUUUCUUUUUCUCUCACUUUCCCUCCCUUGUGUUUCAUCGCUAUCUGUGGCAUUCUUGCCACCUCUAUCUUUCUCUUUCCAUUCUGUCUCCCUCUGUCCCCCUUUCCUUCCUUACUAUCUCUCUGUAAAUUGUGCUUCCAUGGUUUGUCUUGAAUCUUUUUGAUUGUGCCAGUUACUCAAAUGUCAACGGUUAUAAACUUUUAGGAGAAAGACAAACAGAAUAAUUAAUAAAUGAUUUGUUGUUGAG